CAUCGCUCGCCAACGUGCAGACUAAGGAAGCACUGACCGGCCGGUCAUGGCGAGGAUCCACCUCUACGUCGUCGCCGCGGCCUGCGCCGUCGCCCUCGCGCUCGCCGGCGACCCGGACAUGCUCCAGGACGUCUGCGUGGCUGACUACGCUUCCCCGGUCAAGCUGAACGGGUUCCCGUGCAAGGCGAACGUCUCGGCGGACGACUUCUUCUUCGACGGGCUGAGGAGCCCGGGCAACACCAACAACCCGGCGGGCUCCGCGGUGACGGCGGCCAACGUGGACAAGUUCCCGGGGGUGAACACGCUGGGCGUCUCCAUGGCGCGCAUCGACUACGCGCCGGGCGGCCAGAACCCGCCGCACACGCACCCGCGCGCCACCGAGAUCAUCUUCGUCCUCGAGGGCACGCUCGAGGUCGGCUUCCUCACCACCGCCAACAGGCUCCUCAGCAAGACCGUCGCCACGGGGGACGUCUUCGUCUUCCCCCGCGGCCUCGUCCACUUCCAGCAGAACAGGGGGCACGGCCCCGCCGCCGUCGUCGCCGCCUUCAACAGCCAGCUCCAGGGCACGCAGGCCAUCGCCAUGACGCUCUUCGGGGCCACGCCGCCCGUGCCCACCGACAUCCUCGCCAAGGCAUUCCGGGUCGGCAGCGGGGAGGUCGAGCACAUCAAGGCAAACUUCGCACCCAAGUAGACGACGACCAGGCAGCGUGUCUGCAUUUGUUGGUUUCUCAAUAAAUAUCCCGCGGCAACGAUUAUAUUGCUCGGUCGAUGUAUCGUGUCGCAGCGUGCAGUUUUCGAUUUGUUGUUCUUCGUUUUGAGACGACAUUGCUGACCACGCUAGUUCUUGUUGCUGCUAAUUUGUGUGGAGCCACUGCUUGUCCUCCAAUAAAUAACAUGAUCAGCCCUUUAGUUUU